AUGAAGCCCGACGCAGCGCGCGAGCCCGAGCCGCUGACCCCCGGCCGCGGCGCCGAGCCCGAGGGGCGCUGGCGGGAGAGGGGCGAGGCGGACACGGAGCGACAGCGCACCCGCGAGCGCCAGGAGGCCACGCUGGCGGGGCUGGCGGAGCUGGGCUACCUGCGGCAACGCCAGGAGCUGCUGGUGCGCGGCGCGCUGCGCUGCUCCGGGGCCGCGGGGACCGUGGCGCCGCGCGCCGGGGAGCUGCGGGGGGACGCGGCGCAGCGCAGCCGUCUGGAGGAGAAGUUCCUAGAGGAGAACAUCUUGCUGCUGCGGAGGCAGUUGAACUGCUUGAGGAGAAGAGAUGCCGGUUUGUUGAAUCAGUUGCAAGAACUUGACAAGCAGAUAAGUGACCUGAGACUCGAUGUUGAAAAGACGUCUGAAGAGCCGCUGGAGACAGACAGCCGGCCUAGCUCAGGGUUUUAUGAGCUGAGUGAUGGGGCUUCAGGAUCCCUUUCUAAUUCCUCUAACUCCGUGUUCAGCGAAUGUUUGUCCAGCUGCCAUUCCAGCACCUGCUUUUGCAACCCCUUGGAGGCAGCUUUGACGAUCUCAGACGGCUGCCCCAAAUCUGCAGAUCUCAUAGGAUGGUUGGAAUGUAAAGGCGGCCACUGUGAAGACCAGGCCUUAGGGGGAGUUUGCAGUUCCCCCUCCACACCACAAUUUAAUUCCCUUGAUGUCAUUGCAGAUGUGAAUCCUAAAUACCAGUGUGAUCUUGUGUCUAAAAACGGCAAUGAUGUGUAUCGAUAUCCCAGUCCACUUCAUGCUGUGGCUGUGCAGAGUCCAAUGUUUCUCCUUUGUCUGACGGGCAACCCUCUGAGGGAAGAGGAGGGGCUUGGGAACCAUGCCAGUGACAUUUGCGUCGGAUCUGAACUGAAUGCCAUCAAAACAGACAAUUCCUUGCCAUCUCCAAGCAGUUUGUGGCCGACUUCCCAUCCUUCAUCCAGUAAGAAAAUGGACGGCUACAUUCUGAGCCUGGUCCAGAAAAAGACACACCCCGUACGGACCAAUAAACCCAGAACCAGUGUGAACGCCGAUCCUUCCAAGGGGCUUUUGAGGAAUGCCAGUGUGUGUGUCAGGGCCCCCGGCGGUGUCCCACAGGGCAGUGGUGUGAACCUGAAGAAUACCAAACAGAUGUGUUUGCCCUCUGGGGGAAUGUCCUCUUUGGAAAACGGGCCAUUCUCCCCACCGAAGCAGAGGUCCAAAGACUCCAAGACGGAGCAGUUGGAAAGCAAGAGGUUGUUGGCUCUGCCGGAGGGCUGCUCCUCGGCAGGCGCUGCCGUGGAACCCCAAAGCAAGCAUCUGCCCAAACCCGCCAAGGCAGCCCCUCAAGAGCUCGCAAGGUGUCCGGCGGCGGCGGCGGCGGCGGCGGCGGCGGCGGCGGGGCUGGGGGAAUCCCUGAAGGAAAGCAACCAGGUCUCGGCGGUUUCUCCGAAAACAAGUCCCGCCAGGGGCCCCGCCGCCCCGGUGGAGAGCAAAGCCCCGCCGCAGCCCCAGAAAAAGAUGCCGCCCAAGAGCGGCCUGCAGGCCUUGCCCGCGGCGGACAGGCCGGCCCUGGACUUCAAAAGCGAGGGCUCGUCUCAGAGCCUCGAAGACGGGCCUCUGGUGAAAGCUCACUUCAUCCCGGGGCAGCAGCCGCAGCAGCAGCAGCAGCAGCUGCAGCAGCAACUGCAGCAGCAGCAGGCGGGCGCCAGGCCGCACCGCGCACACCGGAACCCGGCCGUCGCAAGGAGCGCCACCCUGAAGGCCCGCGGCCCCGCCGCCGCCCCGGAGCACGGCCUGCACACCGUGCGGGAGAAGACGCGGGCGGCGGGCAGGAAGUGCCGCUUCCCCGACGACUCGGAUACAAACCGGAGACUCAGGAAGGCCUCCUCCAAGGCCAGGCGCGGCGGCGGGACGCCCGACGCCGCCGGCCUUCCCGGCAGGCCCCUCGGCGGCGGCGGCGGCGGCGGUGCGGGCGGGCCUCGGGCGGGCGGCCGGGCGCACGCGCACGCGCACGCGCACGCGCACGGACGGGAGCCGGUGGUGGCCAAGCCGAAGCACAAGCGAACCGACUACCGGCGGUGGAAGUCGUCGGCCGAGGUCUCCUACGAGGAGGCCCUGCGGCGGGCGCGGCGGGCCCGGCGGGAGCACGCGGGCGCCUACCCGGUGGCCGUGGCGCUGCCCUACGCCAGCCCCUACGCCUACGUGGCCAGCGACUCCGAGUACUCGGCCGAGUGCGAGUCGCUCUUCCACUCCACGGUGGUGGACACGAGCGAGGACGAGCAGAGCAACUACACCACCAACUGCUUCGGCGACAGCGAGUCGAGCGUGAGCGAGGGCGAGUUCGUGGGCGAGAGCACCACCACCAGCGACUCCGAGGAGAGCGGGGGUUUGAUCUGGUCGCAGUUCGUCCAGACCCUCCCCCUGCAAACGGUCCCGGCCCCAGACCUGCACACCUGCCCCAGGAAAACCUUUGUCAAGAUCAAGGCCUCGCAUAACCUCAAGAAGAAGAUCCUCCGCUUCCGGUCUGGCUCCUUGAAACUGAUGACGACCGUCUGAGUAGCUGAUGGAGCGAGUGUCUUAUCCCCCCACCCCCCAAACCCCAAG